GCAAAUCGUUCGCUCGCUCGCUCGAUCUCGCUCUGUCGAUCGAGUCUGAUUGUGGAAGCCAUUUUAUUCUUGGGGAUUGUGAAUGUGACAAAAUAUUUUUAGUUUUUUGUACCCAGAACUUUUGUGUAAAUGUGUGCCUGCGUUAUGUGUUGUUUGUGACGUGUGUUAGUGAUUUUAAAACUAGGAAUGUUCAUGCUCGUAAUGGGUUUGUGUUGACUUGCCUCGUUUCGUACGCGGUCGCAAGGGCAGGGAUCGAUUAGUGCAAGGCGGCCUCUAAUAACGGCGAAUCGAGGCCCCGGCUGGACUAGUUAGCAGUGCCGCCAUGGGCAACAAUGCCGCCACCGCCAACAAAAAGGUGGACGCCGCCGAAAGCGUCAAAGAGUUCCUGGACCAGGCCAAAGAGGAUUUCGAAGAGAAAUGGAAGAAAAAUCCUACCAACACCGCCGGACUGAACGACUUUGAGCGAAUAAAAACGCUCGGAACGGGAUCGUUCGGUCGAGUCAUGAUAGUCCAACAUAAGCCCACCAAGGAAUACUAUGCUAUGAAAAUAUUGGAUAAGCAAAAAGUGGUUAAAUUGAAACAGGUGGAACACACGCUUAACGAGAAGCGAAUCCUCCAGGCGAUCAAUUUCCCGUUCUUGGUGAGCCUCAAGUUCCACUUCAAGGACAACUCGAACCUGUACAUGGUGCUGGAGUAUGUGCCCGGUGGAGAGAUGUUCUCGCACCUGCGUAAGGUGGGCCGUUUCUCGGAGCCGCACUCGCGAUUUUACGCCGCGCAGAUCGUGCUCGCCUUCGAAUACCUGCAUUACCUCGACCUCAUCUACCGGGACCUCAAGCCUGAGAAUCUGCUUAUAGAUUCUCAGGGUUAUCUCAAAGUGACUGACUUCGGGUUCGCGAAGCGCGUGAAGGGCCGUACGUGGACGCUGUGCGGCACACCAGAGUACCUCGCGCCCGAGAUCAUCCUGUCUAAGGGCUACAACAAGGCCGUGGACUGGUGGGCACUAGGAGUUCUCGUCUAUGAAAUGGCGGCCGGCUACCCGCCGUUCUUCGCCGACCAACCCAUUCAAAUCUACGAGAAAAUCGUCUCGGGCAAAGUUCGGUUUCCUUCGCACUUCGGGUCAGAUCUAAAAGACCUGCUGCGCAACCUGCUGCAGGUGGAUUUGACGAAGCGCUACGGCAACCUAAAGGCGGGCGUGAACGAUAUCAAAGGACACAAAUGGUUCGCGAGCACCGACUGGAUCUCAGUCUUCCAGAAGAAAAUAGAGGCGCCGUUCAUCCCGCGCUGCAAGGGCCCGGGUGACACGAGCAACUUCGACGACUACGAGGAGGAGGCGCUGCGCAUCUCCUCGACGGAGAAGUGUGCGAAGGAGUUCGCCGAGUUCUGAGCGCACUGGAGGUGCCUGCACGCGGACACCGUGAGUAGGUAUUUUGUAUUAGUGAAUUCUCUACAAAGACGUGGUCGCGACGCGACGAGUGCUCUUUGCCUUCGGCCUCGGGUGGACAUGGACGCUGACGCGCUCCGGGGCCGGCCCCGCAGGUGGAUUCAGUUCGGAGCAUAGGCGUGAUGAAGUAGAACUGAUUUCCGAUAUUUCGGUGGCGUUCAUUUGCUUAGUGCCCUUUCAGAAUGACAUAACAUAGCAGUUAUAGAUGAAGUGUCCUAAUUCAACUGAUAUUCCCCAAUGUUAGGACUGCAGAAGUGCAAUACCAGUGUUACAUUGUUCAGAAUCAUGUUCUGUUCUGAUUAUGUUUUUCACCUAAAUGAUAGUUAGCUGCUGAUAACAAUGGAUUGUGGUGGUCUUAAAUUAUUUAUUGUUUUUAAGACAUCAGUACAAUUUUCCAUAUGAAAUUCAUGCUACAUAAUCUUCACAAUCUAAUUUUUGAAUUUGAAGUUUGAUGUACAUCACUUAACAAUCAGAUUCUAGAGCUAUUUGAAUCACUACUUUUUAGUGGAUUAUUAUUGAAUUUCCUAAAUAAUGUUCUUAUCUUGAUGGAAUGUUGUAUAGAUUUUAAAUAUUGACAUUUCAUAAUUUGUUUUAUUUAAAGUUAAUUGGUUGAUAUUUUAUUUAAGGAACUAACUACAUGGCAAUGUGGUGAGAUUAGUUAUUGUAACUGUGUAGUUGUGUUCACCCGUCUGUGCAAUUGACCUAUGUGUUUGUGAUCUGAUGUGAGAAUUCCUUUCAAGUUUAAGUGUAAUUUGUAUAGUUCCUUAUUUUGUAGAUUUUAUGGAUUUUUAUUGUGUAACAAUUACAUUAAACAACAUGCCAGUCUUGUAUAGGUAAUCAUCUAUGAUGUAACUAAACUUAUUGCUAGCAUCAGUUUAAGAAAAGCAAUAAAUUUUAACACUUUAAACAUGUUCCCAUUUAUAAAUAAAGCAAUAAUUCUCAGACAAACAAGAAAACAAAUCCUCAUUCAAUCAUUCUAAAAGAACUGGUUUCUUUUCUUACUUGGAUGGAAAUGUUGUUUUAUUGUAUACAUAGGAAUAUGAUUAAAAUAUCUUAGUAGUAAUUCUCUUAAAAUGCCAUUUUACAUGGUGAUAUCUUGUCAUUGAGACUGAUGUUAUCAAUAAGCGUAUGUAGGUGUGUAUAACAAGUUCUAAUAUCAAUACAUGACUGUCUCAUAAGUGCUAUUGGUUCGGUCCCAUAACUUCUUGUUCCAUGGAAUGAGAGAACGGCUAACUGGCGAUGUUUACUAUAAAGUUUGUUAGCUAUUAGAUGUAGGAUUGAAUGGAAAUGGAUGGAAACUUUGAAUCCAGGCUGUACAAAUAAAAAUAUAGUUAUUUGUAGUGCAUUUGACAUUGUGAAGACAUUGUGCGCAUCUGUGGUAAUAGUUAUUAGGUUGCAUAUCCCAGGGACAGGGAGAGAGCUGCACACUUCUCACCUUAAGACCACACUACAAGAAUAUGAACUACUGUACUGUCCUAUGCUGAGUUUCCAUGCUUGCCAGAGUGAUGACAAGCCUAUAGGACUCUGUUUCAUAUGGCUUGUUGCCAUGCCUUGUCAAGCAUAUAAAUCCAGUACCCCUGUAUUGAUGAAAACCUGUAGUUAUACACAGGAUAAAGGAACAAAUGUAUGUGUGUAGUGUACUAUAAAUAUCUAUUGUUUUUCCUAUAACCUCAUGUGUGUUCAUCUAGUAAUGAUACAAUACCAUAUCUCGAUUUACAAUCUACCUAUUUUCUUAAUUGAAUCAUUAGUGUUUAUGUGUAUUUUUUUAAUAAUAUAAAGCACUACAUUUUUUGCUGUAAAGAUGAUGUCUGUUGGUGAAUUGUCGAGCAAAAUAAUAUGUUAUCUUACAUGUUCAUGUUGCUAACCACAGAUAUGAACUGAGCUGGUGAGCAACCUUAUUUCUUGUUUAAUGCCAAUGUUACUUACAUUGUUUACUUGGUGCCAUAAAGAUUCUUAGUAAUGGGCCUGCUGUAUAAAUAUUUUUUAAGACUUGUUAGAAAUUCUUAUUUAUACCUUCAUUACAUGUAUCACUUAGUUUUAAACAUUACAUGUCCACUCUCAGUGGUAUGCUUGUCACAAACAGAACUAAAUUAUGCACUAUUGUUAUUUAAAUUAGACUAAGUGGAGUAGCAAGUAACUAUUUAGACAAUGCUCGAGAAUAUGUUCUAACGUCACAAGAUUUUAUGAGAUAGAAAAAGUUAAUAGUCUGCCAGCAGUGUAGAAAAUUACUAAUUCCUAUUUCUAUCUCAUGCCAUUUUAUGUUGUUACAAUUUUUCUGUAAUGGCCUGUUUACGCUUGGGUUAGGAACUUGUGCAAGUAGCACUUAUGCACCUUUAAUAAGUUUAGCAAGGAUACUCGCUAUUCCACGUAGCACGGUGCUUACUCGAUUCAGAUGUUAAAUGAAUGUAUACAAGUGUAUAUUUAGAGCUUGUGUACAGGUGCUAGAGUAGAGAGUAACACGACACGGCUCCCUGUUACUGAUCAGGUAUAUAACACAAGUAUACAUUCGCUGACGUGAUAAACACGACACCUUAUCAGCCGUUGCUUUAUCAUAGUCUAAUGAGAGGCGUAUUAUGGUUGCUUUUAUCAUGUGAUAAAUAAAAGAUAGCAUCCCUUGCAAAUGGACGUCUUUUUGAUACUAGUUAAAGACAAAUGCUCUGCAUAUGUCAAUGUGUUAAGACUGAUGUAAACGAUGCCAGUUGUAAAGUGUUGCUGAAUUCAGGAGGAUGCAUCUCAAUUAGACAGAUAACUGAUAAAAGCGUCCAUUAUACGCCAGUAUGUUUAGUCUCGAUCAUGAAAUGUGCUCCCAAUUUUUCUGUAAUUUUACCAGGUCUAUGUUUUAACAAAAUCAUGAACUAAAAAUAUCACUAAGAAUCAAUAUUAUGUAUAGCAACUAGUCACUAUCUGCUUGUUUUGUUCUAUCUUUCCAAAGUUUAAAUCGCAUGAGAAGCCUUAGAUUUUUAUAUUAGGUAGUGUAAUGUUAUUUAUUAGUUAAGUAGGUGCUUGUUUCGGUUACGAAUUGUAUUAUAUAAGUGAUGAUGAUACAGCAAUGUAAUCAAAGAUUAAAAUGUCUCAUGCUUUCAUGCCAUUGUACUGUCACGCCUGUGCAAUCAAUGGAUGUAAAAACAAGGUGCAUAUCGUUUUCUAUAAAAGCGAAAGACAUUCACCAACUAGACAUUGUUUAACAAGAUGCAUUUCGAUUUCGCCUUCAAUUCUCGCGCAACGCUGUUUUUUGUAGUUUCAUCACUGCAAUAUUUCUUUUUUGGAUCGUAAUAAGUAAGGUUCUGAGGUGUAGUUUUCCUUUGUUACUUCAUUGUAUAUAUCUAGAGUGGUCGUGUCCCCGAUAAGUAGGAGAUUUGAUAUCAGCUUCGGUAUCCGCAGAUCUUCAUUCCAGUAGCUUCAUAAAGGCUAGUUUAGGCGAUGCCAGCGACUGUCGUUAGUCUUGCUCCACAGAACAGUGGCACUGCCUCCAUUUAAUCACUAUUGUGUAAAUCUAGCGUUAAAACGAAAUAGAACCCGGGAUCUUUCGUUGCGCUAUCGAUAACUCUGUCUUGUCAGCGAUGUUAGUGCCAGCAACUGGCAUCAUGUAAACCAGCCUUAUAAACUUGCUCAUCAACCCAAUGUGGACGUUCUAAUGUGAACAUUUUAAGCCAUUUUGGAUAUUAUAAACAUUAGUGUGACAGUAUGUGUAAUUGAGAGCAGUCUUUUUAUAUCUGUGCGUAUUAAUAUUAAAAUGUUCACGUCUAGAUCUAUUAUAUCGAGUGCCUAUAGCAUUGAAGGUUCAAGUGUAAAAAGUCAGUUAAUUUCAGUAAUUAUUUGUCACCAUGUAUUGAUCUUCCAUAAAAUUACGAUGAAAUUAAAAAUAUCGAUGUAA